AAUCUCACCCAUACGAAAAAAAAAUCUCAGACCAUUUUUUUCACAACAGAUAUAAGACUUGUUCUAGGUAGAUACAACGGGAUCAAGCCAUGAUAAGAACCAGUGUACUCAACAAGAGUAUCAUCAACCAUGCUCAAUUGAACAUACAGAAACGACCCUUUGUGAUAACGACGGCAUUGACGGCCAUUGGGUCAUUGUUAUUCAGUGAGAACAAUCGAUUAGCAUCUCAAAUGGAACGAGGUGAACUUCAUAAUAAACUUACUAAGGACAACAGUCCAAGGGAAGAUAAACCCUUUUUCACAAGACCUGAACCUAAUUUUCCUAGUCAUAUCCCAUUAUAUACUUAUGAGAAACUUCUAAUGUUUUUAGGAUCAUCGGCAGGAGCCUUUUUCCAUCCUGAAAGAAAUGAAUUUAUAGUUGCUUUAGGUGAAUCAACUGCAAUAUCACCAAUCUUAAGACGACUUCAAACUAAAAUGUUAUCGGAUCCCGUGGGUAGAGAAUUAUUAAGAGAUCAACCUCGAAUGACAUCCACUUCAUUGAAUUUAGAUCAUUUACGUGAAUUACCACAUAAUUCAAUUGGGAAUACUUAUGUGAGAUGGUUAGAUAGAGAAGGGGUUAGUCCAGAUACUAGAGUCACAGUUAAAUAUAUUGAUGAUCCUGAAUUGGCAUAUAUUUAUCAAAGAUAUCGUGAAUGUCAUGAUUUCUAUCAUGCUGUUACUGGAUUACCUAUUAUCAUUGAAGGAGAGAUUUCAGUAAAAGUCUUUGAAUUUAUGAAUAUUGGGAUGCCAAUGAGUGGAUUAGGAGCGUUAUUUGCUCCUUUAAGAUUAAAAAAAUCUCAAAAGGAACGUCUUUAUAAUAUUUAUUAUCCAUGGGCUAUUAAAAGUGGAUUAAAUUCAAAACCAUUGAUUAAUGUGUAUUGGGAAAAGAUCCUAGACCAAGAUGUAGAUGAAUUUAGAGAACAAAUGGGAAUUGAAACUCCACCUGAUUUAAGAAAUUUACGUAAACAAUACUUUGAAAAGUUAAAGAAAGCCAAGAAGAUUGUAUAAUCCUAGCUUUAUGUGUUGUAUAUAGUUCUAAUGAAUACACAUUUCU